CGCGUCUGGACCCGCCCCUACUCUUGUAACCUCGGGGGCGGGGCUGGGGAACCAUCGAGAUGCUCUGGCCGGCGAGCGGAUCUGAAAGGGCGGAAGUAUGCAGGGCGGGACGCAGAGGGAUGGGCGUGCGAAGCUGUUUCCGGCGGCUCGCUCUGUUGGCGGGUCCCAGACGCGCCCAGGCUGGGUGUCUGAGUCAAGGCAAGUGGAUCCCACCCUCCAAAUCUGAUGGUAGGAAGCCUGGCUGCCUGCAUUCCCCACUGGUUCUGUCAAGCCUCCACUUCCUACUUUGGGGAUCUGCCUUUCCACUGGGCCUGAACACAGUUCUGGCUUUGGCCCUCCCUGUGGCUCUUGCCAGGCUCAGUGUCUGAGGCAGUGAGUCAAUGUCUGCCCAGACCAGAGCCUAGCUGUGCCUGCUCAGUGGAGAGGAAUUAAGAUCACUACCAUGGACUAAGUCCCUUCUCUCCACCUAUGAUUUAAGAGCUGAAAGGACCCCAGUGACUCUAGUCCAAUCCUAUGGGUCACCUGCCUGAGAUAUGUUGUAGUCCCAGAUUGGAGCUGGCACCUAAGGACUUCUGGGGUGCUAGUGUGUGUCCUGAUUUCAGGAGGCGGUGACAUUUGGCGACGUGGCUGUGCACUUCUCUCGGGAGGAGUGGCAAUGUCUGGAUUCUGGCCAGAGGGCCCUCUACAGGGAGGUGAUGCUGGAGAACCACAGCAGUGUGUCUGGACUAGGUUCUGCACAGUCUAGCAGCUCCUGUUCUUCAUGACUGAGAAUGAGGAGCAGGACUGACUCCUGGCCAUGUUUCUAUCCUCUCCUUCUCUGCCUCACACACAGCAGGAUUCCUGGUCUUUAAGCCUGAACUGAUCUCUCGACUGGAGCAAGGACAAGAGCCAUGGGUCCUUGACCUACAGGGAGCAGAGGGGACAGAGGCACCAUGGAUUUGCCAGACAGAUUCUACUAUUAGAACCAAUCACAAGCAGACCUGUGAGUACAUGAACAUUCCCGAAAAGCAGAUUUCUGCCUUUGGAGACAAUUUGGAUUCCAAGGUCUUGUCAGAGAAUUGCUCAGAUAGCCUUGGACUAAGAGUGGGUGGCCCCCUUUUCCAGAAGCAUCAUCUCAGUAAUGAGACUAUGGCUCCCCAGGACACUGUCCAGGAGUGCAAGGAGCUACAGGCCACUGUUCUGGGUUCUCAGCCUGACGAACAGAGAGACAGUGUGAAAGGGACAUCAGAAAACUGUGAAGAGUGUGGUAGAGUCUUUAAACCAACUCUGAACCUGGAUCCAUAUCUGGAAGUGAGUGGACAGGAAAAACCAUACAGAUGUCAAGAGUGCCAAAAAAACCUAGUUGACUGCUUAGAGGAGACGCACACAAGUAACUGCCUUGGGAAGAAGCCUUAUGAAUGCAAGGAAUGUGGGAAAGUCUUCAGGCUGUGCUCACAACUCAAUCAGCAUCAAAGAAUCCACACCGGAGAGAAACCAUUUAAGUGUGUUGAUUGUGGGAAAGCUUUCCGUUUGAGCUCAAAACUGAUUCAACAUCAAAGAAUCCACACUGGAGAGAAGCCCUACCGAUGUGAGGAAUGUGGGAAAACCUUUGGUCAGAGCUCAAGCCUCAUCCAUCAUCAGAGAAUCCACACAGGAGAGAGGCCCUAUAGUUGUCAAGAGUGUGGGAAAGCCUUCAGCCAGCAAUCACAGCUGGUCAGACAUCAAAGGACUCACACUGGAGAGAGGCCCUACCCCUGUCAGGAGUGUGGCAAGGCCUUUAGCCAGAGCUCAACUCUAGCCCAGCAUCAGAGGAUGCAUAGUGGGGAGAAAUCUCAAAUGCCAAGAACUUCAGGGAACUCAAGUCUCAUUGCCCAUGAGGGAAAUCACACUGUAGAAAAGCCAUUCAAGUGUGAGGAGUGUGGAAAAGCUUUCAGAUGGGUCUCUCGCCUGAGCCAGCACCGACUGAUCCACACUGGAGAGAAACCUUACAAGUGCAACAGGUGCACCAAAGCCUUUGGUUGUAGCUCCCGGCUCAUUCGCCACCAGAGAACUCACACGGGAGAAAAACCGUUUAAAUGUGACGACUGUGGGAAGGGCUUUGUCCAGGGCUCCCAUCUUAUUCAGCACCAGCGAAUCCACACUGGGGAGAAGCCUUACGUGUGCGAUGACUGCGGAAAGGCCUUCAGCCAGAGCUCCAGUCUCAUUUAUCACCAGAGGAUCCAUAAGGGAGAGAAGCCGUAUGAAUGCACGCAGUGUGGGAAAGCCUUUAGUAUGAGCACGCAGCUCACCAUCCACCAGAGGGUUCACACCGGGGAGAGACCCUAUAAGUGUAACGAGUGUGGAAAAGCCUUCAGUCAAAAUUCAACCCUUUUCCAACACCAGAUAAUCCAUGCUGGAGUGAAGCCCUAUGAGUGCAGUGAGUGUGGAAAGGCCUUCAGCCGGAGCUCAUACCUCAUUGAACACCAGAGGAUCCACACUCGAGCCCAGUGGCACUAUGAAUUUGGAAACACGGUUGAAAGUAGCACCGUUUUGAAUUCUAAAAAAGUGAACACUGUAAAGAAAUUGCACCAGUGUGACGACUGUGACAAGAUUUUCAGGUGGCGCUCACACCUGAUUAUACACCAGAGGAUCCACACAGGAGAGAAGCCUUACACAUGUAAUACUUGUGGCAAAGCUUUUAAUCGGAGCUCCAGGCUCACUCAGCACCAAAAGAUUCACAUGGGAUAAAUCAUUCACCUAAAUGUCUUGGUUACUUCUCUAUUGCCGUGAUGACACUACAGCCAAGGUAUAAACUUUAAAAAGUUUAUUUGGGGCUUACAGUUCCAGGGAGCAUUCAUGGCCAUCCUGGUGGGGCAGGGCAGCAGACAAGCAGGUAGGCGUGGUGUUGGAGCAGUAGCUGAGAGCUCACAUCUUGAGACAGUUACUAAGCAGAGAGGACUAACUGGGAACAGAGAGUCUUUUGAAACCUCAAAGCUCACCCCCAGUGACACACCUCCUUCAAGACCACACUUCCUAAUAAUUCCCAAACAGUUCCACCAACUGAGGGCCAAGUGUUCACACAUGUGAGCCUAUAGGGCCGUUCUCAUUCAGACCGCCACACUAUAAAUAUGUAACUGAAUAAACCUGAAGCCUUAUUUUAUUUGAGUAAUUUAUGCUAUCAGAAACUUGAGACUGCUGGGGGAGAUUAAGAUUUGUUCUCAAAGAAUAUUCUACUUAUGAAAAUAGUGUUUUGUUUCUGGAAUGUUUGGCAUUCACCCAUUAAAUAAAGUGUGUGUCACACUCAAA